AUGGAACGCUCCAACAAACACCUCAAGGAGGUCAACGCCACCGGUGCAAAAAUCGCCUCGGUUCUGCCUGACGACCCCAGACCUUGGUGGAAAAGACCCAACCUGCUCAAAUUGUACCUGUUGCUGUGCAACUUUGUGCUCUUUGCGUCAUCUAUCGGUUAUGACUCCGCCAUAACCAACUCUAUCCAAGCCAUCCCGGACUGGCUCGAAUUUAUGAACGAGCCGUCCGGCACAUGGCUUGGCUUCAUCUCGGCGUCGCCCUUCGUGGGCACCUGCGGCACCAUCUUUUUCAUUCCGUACAUCUGCGAUCGCUUUGGCCGCAAAGUCGUCAUCUACAUGACUGUGCUGUGCAUCUGGAUCGGCUCCAUUGUUGGCGCGUCGGCCCGCAAUCCAGCCUCCUACAUUGUGUCGCGGAUCUUUAUGGGGCUCUCAUUCUCGUGCAACUACGCCGCGUCGGUGUGGAUCUCCGAGAUUGCGUACCCCACGUCGCGCGGCCGGUUUUCCGCCGCUUACCACGCUAUUUAUUACUUUGGCUCUGUGCUCUGCGGCUGGGUCGUCUUUGGCACGCAGUACAUCUCUGGCAACGUGUCAUGGCGUAUUCCGCUGGCAUUGCAGGCCGCCAUCCCCACAAUGUUGCUGCCAGCCUUGAUUUACGCACCUGAAUCGCCCAGAUGGCUGGUUUCCGUGGGGGAAACCGAAAAAGCACGCCAAGUGCUGCUCAAGUUCCAUGCCAACUACGAGGACGCAUAUCUGCCGCUAGUGGAGCUCGAGAUGCAGGAGAUCAUCGCCGGUAUCGAGGCGCUGCGCAUCAACAACAUCUCAUCGUGGCGGUCGCUCAUUGCAACCCCGGGCAACCGCAAACGGCUCUUUAUCUCAUGCUUCCUGGGCGUGGCCUUUGCGUGGAACGGCCAGGGCAUAGUCACGUGGUACCUGAGCUCGGUUUUCGUUGCUGUCGGUAUCACCGCCACAUGGAAAAAAACGCUGCUCAACGCGUGCAUCCAGCUCUUCAACCUGCUCGUGGCCAUCACUGGCGCCAUUCUUGUCGAUCACGUCGGCCGUAGACGGCUAUUUUUGAUCUCCAUUGUCGGCCUGUUUUUCUCCUUCAUUGGACUCACCACCAUCACCGCCGUGUACACUCAGCUGCACAGAAACAUCGGCCAGGCGAUCAUUGUGUUUGUGUUCCUGGUGUACGCGUUCCAGGCCAUUGCGUUUGCGCCGAUGAUCACGUCGUACCCGUCCGAAUUGUGGCCGCAGGCGACGCGGUCAAAAGGCCUGUUCACAGCGAUGUUUUUCCUGAACGGAGCCACCUUCUUCAACAUAUUUGUGAACCCGAUCGCGCUCGAAGCCAUUGGCUGGCGCUACUACUGCGUGUAUCUGGGCGUCCAGGUGAUCAUCUUUGUGGUUAUUUAUCUCACUUUCCCGGAAACAAAGGGUUACUCGCUCGAGGAGAUUGCGCUGAUUUUCGACAAGGACCAGGCCACGCAGGCGGGGCUGGAGGCCGACCUCGAGGAGAAGCAGAGCGCAAGAGUCAGUGUCAAGGAACUAUCUAUUUGA